AGCAGUGGACAACCCACUCGGUACGGCGUCUCUCUCAAUGACUCUACACGUGGAAUGGACCCGAUCGAUUGCUGCGCGAUAUACAGAGGGCAGUGAUAGAAUAUUUGAAGGACACAGGAUUAUAUAAUAGAAUAUAGAUGAUUAUUAUAAUAUUUUAUCAUAAGUAUUAUUCUUAGGAUUAUUAUUAAUAUUAGUAUAAGUAGUCUCCUCAUUAUCUAAGUUAGCAUAAAGUAAGAUACUAUAUAUGGCCCAUGUUACAUACUCUGGUACAGUAGGUGGCGGUAUGCACUUUUUAAAGUCAUGGUUGCAACCCGCCAUUAAACUAGAAGAGGAAGAAGAUUGCUGCGCGUUGAUUGACCAUAGAGGCCUGACGCCACCGGAAGUAUAGAAGUCGCCAUGUUGUUUCAUCCAAAACAAGAAAGCCGACUGCGAUAGACGCGGUCUGCAUGCACGAUUACAUUUAUGAUAAAUUUACGUUUUCAAAUCAACGAUUUUAAGUUUUGUUUUACAUCUACGUGUGCGAGUUGAACUAAGAGGAGUUCGACAUGCCGCCUUGUGCUGCGAUUAAUUGCAGAAAUCGUGAUACUCGUGAAAAUCGCGAGAAGGGACUUUCAUUUCACAGAUUUCCACACUGCAAUGCUCAACUUCUAAAGCAAUGGGUAGUAAAUAUGCGGAGAAACGGGUGGAUUCCUGCAGCCAGAUCGCAACUCUGUUCAAGUCAUUUCACCGAGGAGAACUUUGACAGGACCGGCCAGACUGUUAGAUUACGACAAAAUGCAGUUCCAACAGUAUUUGACUUUCCUGAUCAUCUUCUAAAGAACUCUGCGCGUCGGAAACCCCCAAAGGUCAGGACACCAGUCAUCCAAGAACCAGAUGUUUCACCCUCGUGCUCCACGGACCCUGACCCACCAGUGCCUGAACACCAUGAUACCUUCAAGGACCACAGCUAUGCCAUCACUGAUUCUCCAAGAGAGUUGAAACGGUUGCUGGAUGAAGCGGUGGGGAAAUUGGCAGGAUGUAAGAAAAAAUUGAAAACAGAGCAGCAAAAAGCAAGGCGUUUGAAGCGCAAAGUAGAGAGUCUGCAGGGAAUCGUUGACACCUUACAACAUGAACAUAUUAUAUCCACAAAUUGUGCUGACAUACUGGAGGGUACAUUCAGCGGGGUUACCAAGGAAGUGCUGAAAAGAAUUCUUGGAAAAAAAGAAGGAAAAGGAGCAACUGCAUUUCCAGAAGAACUAAAAGCAUUUGCCAUGACUCUGCAAUUUUAUUCAGAGAAGGCAUACAACUAUGUGCGCGAAACAUUUGAUCUCGCUUUGCCUCAUCCUCGUCAAUUGAGAAAGUGGUAUAGCAAAGUAGAUAGAGACCCUGGGUUUACCCUGCAUUUUGAUGAAAAUGCCAUUGAAGAACCUUCAGCAAAUUAUGGGAUGUGAUGUUAGAUUCAUUGACUUGGGUUUUCGAAGUGUUAGUGUGACAGUCAAUUAUGUUACAUGUGACUCCGAUUUGUUACAAUAUUUCCUACUAAACCUCAGCAAAACAAAAACAUAUUCUCAUAAAUUUAUUUAAACUAA